AGAAUCGGUAAUCACUAUUUAAUCGAGAUGGCAAUGUACACUCGAGUUGUAAUCGUCGAUAAAAAACAAAACACUGUUGCGGAGCCCCCACGGAUGUCAUGACGCGGUAAAUAGUAUCGAUAAGAGUGCCAAGUGUAUCAUGUGUUGGUAUAAGAGGCUGAGGAACCGCGGCGCGCAUCCAUACAUAGUCUUACUGACUCGCUGAGACCUUGCCCGCCACGCAAGGACGAUUCCAGCCCCUACGAAUACUAGCCAUUUCCUUACCGACUCCUAACAGAGAAGCUCACUUCGACAACGAAUUUUUUAUACAUUUAUAAUCUAAGUUUUCAUUAUUCUAAACAAGAAUAAGACUGAACGUUUGUGUCUGUGAUAUAUCUGAAUAGUGCUGAAGGAUUUUUGGUUUUUAUGUCAAAAAUGUUCUGCAAGUCAUAACCAGCACUUAACGAAUUAACAACACAAUGGACAAUAUAUUGAGAAGAUACUGCAAAUUAUAUACAAUAAUAUUUUUUCUUUUAAUCGUCGAGUCGAGGUGCCAUGAUAGCAAUGAAACAUCUAGCGAACAUCGACAAUCUAGAGUUACCGGUAGAAUAGUCAAACUUUAUUCAGGAACGAGACCUGAACCCAUACUGUGUGCCGGUGAAGGUUUUCAAGGAGACCCUAGCGACUGUGCUGUUUUCUAUCGUUGUAUGAAGUCAGGCCGCGGAAAAUAUACAGUUUUCAGGUUUCAAUGCGGACCUGGCACUGUUUACGAUCCUGAAACUGAAGUAUGUAAUCAUCCUAGAAGUACAAAACGUAUAGAAUGUGGCGGUCUGUCAACGCCAGCACCAACAGUUGAUCGCUUGAAUAACAAUGAAAUCGAAGGAGCACAAAACGAAAUACCUUCACCGAUAACAAGUCUGCCUAUUCGUAUAGAAUCCACAACUGGUGCUCAAACAAUUUUUUCUACUGUGUAUCCUUGGGCAACUUCUGGUUCGACUAUAAAUAAUCCAACAAAACGCCAAACGCUUGCGCAUACAACAGGAUUCACUAAUGCUUACACGACAGCUGCACUACCUGAAAUAUCAGAAACCCAGAGUCAACAGUAUACGACCAGAUCAACCCAUCCACCAACCUCUACGGUAACCCAAAUAAGUUCUCGAGAUAACAUUUGUACAUCAGAUGGUUUCAUGGGUGACAGUGAAAAUUGUCGGAAGUUUUAUAGGUGUGUAGGUAAUCAAAGAGGUACAUACACCAGGUUCGAGUUUUCGUGUAGCGAAUCAACGAUAUGGGAUGAUGAUACACAAAGCUGCAAUCACGCUUGGGCUGUAAAGAGAAGUAGAUGCGGUAGGAGUAACCAAGACAGUCAGUAUGCAACAAAUAAAGACGUACUUCAAAAACCUACCUCAACAGAUAAAACAAUUCAACAACAGCUUCAAAUAAGCUAUGGAUCAGACGUUACCCAAACUCAAACACAAAUAAGUAAUGGAUCGGUCAUACAAAACCAAACUCAAAUUAACUUUGGUGAUCGCCUAAAUUCUAACAAAGGCACAAAAGCUACACAAAACCAGACUCAAAUAAGCCAUGGUUCAGCAACUAGUCAAUCGCAGACCCAGAUUGAUUUCAGUGAUAAAGGGGUACAAACACAAUUACAAAUUGAUCAUUCGAAACAAUCAAGUCAGUCUCAGGUACAGGUUCAUGCAUCAACUACAAAAGGACCAUCCACAUCCACAAGUUUGUCUACACCUCAUGCCAGCUCACAGGAAAGUAACAUGUGUUCUAGGUCUGGUUUUAUGGGAGAUACUAAUGACUGCAAGAAAUUUUAUAGAUGCAUUGAUAAUGGCAGAGGUGGUUACACUAAAUUUGAAUUUUCGUGUGGACAGGGAACUGUUUGGGAUCAGAGUAUUGAAGCUUGUAACCAUGCUUGGGCUGUCAAAGAAUGUGGAGGUAAAGUCCCUGUAGACACUACAAGUACUACGCAGGCAGCUACGAGUUCUUCUACGUCUACACAAAAUUAUUAUACAACAUCUUCAACUGAAAAUUAUCAAACAACGUCAGGCUUUAUUCCCACGGAAGACACCGAAGACAGUGGUUAUGGUCAACCUAAUCAAAACCCCACCGCAGGCACAACAGCAUCAAGUUCGACAACAUUAAGUUCAACUACUGUAGUUUCAACAACAGCAAAAUUACCAUCCAAUGGAAAUUGUCAAUCAAGUGGAUUUAUUGGUGAUGCUAACGACUGCAAAAUAUUUUAUAGGUGUGUUGAGAAUGGCAGAGGUGGCUUUACCAAAUACGAGUUCAAGUGCGGUGAAGGCACUGUUUGGGAUCCAGAUCUGGAAGCUUGUAACCAUGCUUGGGCUGUAAAAAGAUGUGGUGGUCAUGCAUCUUCUGAUGAUCACAAGGUCGACACAACAACUGAAAAAGCUCCAACUCUUUCUACUGUCCACACUCAAACUACCGUAGUUACUCAAUCACCUACCGAAUCUGCCGCAACACAGGAUGAUGACUACGAUACUGGUUAUGGAUCUGUAAAUAUUGAAAUUUCUUCAUCAACGACGACGACAACAAAACAACCCCAGAAAGAAGAUAAUAUGGGCAACGUAUGUCGUUCAAGUGGUUUUAUGGGUGAUGAAAACGAUUGUAAAAAGUUUUACAGAUGCGUGGAUAACGGUAAUGGAGGUUACAUUCGUUAUGAAUUUACAUGUGGUGAAGGCACAGUAUGGGACCCUAAGAUUGAAGCUUGUAAUCAUGCAUGGGCAGUAGAAAAAUGUGGUGGAUCAACGAUCAACAAUCAGGAAGCUACCACAGCUAAACCUGCUACCACUGUCGAAGAAGCUGACAAAGGUACCACCGAAAGCAUCCAUAGUACUGUUGCAUCUACGAUUAGUUCAAGUUCCUCAUCCACUUCAUCUGCUACAGAAUCAACAUCUUCGGGUAGUAAUGAAUGCACACGUGAUGGUUUUAUGGGAGACCAAAAGGACUGUAAGAAGUUCUAUAGAUGUGUUGAUAACGGAAAAGGAUCAUUUACAAAAUACGAAUUUUCUUGUGGUGAAGGAACCGUAUGGGAUCAAAAAAUCGAAGCUUGCAAUCAUGCAUGGGCGGUGGAAAAAUGUGGUGGAACUGCAGUUUCCUCCCCUACUCAUCUCGAAACAACUACUCUAUAUCGUCCUACUAUGAAUGAUGAGAUAGAUAAUGGCUAUCCUUCAAACAUUGACACGGGCUAUGAAAUAAGUACACAAAAGACAACAACAACGCAGUCUGUACCGUCAAGUUCAGUAGCUGCCGGUGAAGGGAACAGUUGUACAACUAGUGGAUUUGUUGGGGACAAAAACGACUGCAAGAAGUUUUAUAGAUGCGUCGAUAAUGGAAAUGGUGGCUUUAUUCGUUAUGAAUUUAGCUGUGGUGAAGGUACAUUAUGGGACCAGAGCAUAGAAGCAUGUAAUCAUGCAUGGGCGGUUAAAGAUUGUGGUACUGGAAUCAAUACUAUACACACAUCGAGCCAAAGUCCCGCACACGUUACAUCGACAUCAGAUAAUGAAGAUCAAGGUUAUCCUCAAAGUACUGAGAAAACAACCACUACAACAGUUAGCACAUAUCCAGAUGAAGGUACCAGUGGAGAAUGUUCUAAAGAAGGUUUCAUUGGCGAUAAAAGAAAUUGUAAAAAGUUUUACAGGUGUGUAGACAAUGGUCGAGGUGGAUACACUAAGUACGAAUUUACGUGUGGUGAGGGUACUUAUUGGAAUCAAGAAAUAUUAUCAUGCGACCACGCUACUUCUACUAAACCGUGUGGAGAAAUUGAAAGUAGUUCUAGUACACAAACAUCUGAACCGGCUCAUGAUGAAAUUUAUACAGAGGUUACAAGCUCAUCAACCGAGGAAAAUAUAUAUCAAACUCAAAAACCACCCAUGUCAUCAGGAGCAUGUACAUCAGAAGGAUUCUACGGUGAUCCGAACGACUGCAAAAAGUUUUACAGAUGCGUGGAUAACGGCAAAGGAAGUUAUACGAAGUAUGAUUUCACUUGUGGUGAUGGCACAGUCUGGGAUCAAGAAAUACAAGCAUGUAAUCACGAAUCAAACAACAGAAACUGUUCAUCUAGUUCUUCCUCUCAGUCGACAAGUACGUCUCAAACAACUGAAAAAUCUCCAGAAGCUGGUAGUUCAACCACUACGGUUACACAGAUCCAACACUCAACUGAGAAAACAGAUAGCUCAUCUGUCUCAAGCAGUAACCAGUGCACAUCUGAGGGAUUCUUUGCAGAUCCUAAUGAUUGCAAAAAGUUUAUUCGCUGCGUAAGUAAUGAGAAGGGUGGAUAUACAAAAUACGAAUUUUCUUGUGGUGAAGGAACAAUUUGGGUACAAGAUAUUUUGGCAUGUGACCACGAUACCGACAAAACUACUUGCUCUCCACAAUCAACGACCAGGCCUUCAACAUCCGAGGGACAUCCACAAACUACUGAAAAGGUAGAAGCGAGCAUUUCUACAUCGCGGCCACAGACAACUGAUAAAUUGGAAGAUGAAUAUGAUAGUGGAACUUCCGAUAAACCAACCCAACCAGGAAGCGGUGUUUGUUCAUCAGAAGGAUUUUACGGAAACGAGAAUGACUGUAGACAAUUCUACAGGUGUGUGGAUAAUGGUCAAGGUGGAUAUACUAAAUAUGAUUUUACAUGCGGUGAAGGCACGGCAUGGGACUCCGAAAUUCAAACGUGUAACCAUAUCGAUCAAGUUAAAAAUUGUCAUGGUACCAGUGAAUCACACCCUGUAAUGCAUGAUGAAGAUAAUACUCAGUCAACAGGAACUUCUAGUGCACCAGAAUCUAGUACAGCGGCUUCUAGCACGUCUUCGAGUACAACUAGCACAACUAAUUCUGAAACAAGUCAAGGUUCAUCGUCGUCAAAUAAAAAUUCUUGCGAUAGUGAAGGUUACUUUGGAGAUACACAAGACUGCAAAAAGUUCUAUAGAUGUGUGGAUAAUGGCAAAGGAGGCUACACAAAGUAUGACUAUGUAUGUGGCGAGGGUACAAUCUGGGAUCAAGACAUAACUACUUGUAACCAUCCACAAGACGUUGUCAAUCCCUCCUGUAAUCAAAAACAAGAAAGCACAACAUCAACGACGAUGGCUACUGCAUCUUCAAGUGACUCUUCCUCAUCAUCAUCAUCAACCGAUAGUACACAAAGCUCAUCAACUCAAUCAUCAACUGAAAGUACACAAAGUUCGUCAGCUCAAACAACACAGAGCACAUCAAACUGUUCUCAGGAAGAUUCCUCCAAAAAACCCGUAAAUCAAAAUAUUACAUGCGAUAAAGCAGGCUACUAUCCCAAUCCUAAUGAUUGCAAGAAAUUUUAUAGGUGUGUGGAUUGGGAUGGUGACGGUAAACGAUUCUCUGUCUAUCACUUUGAAUGCGGUGAGGGCACAAUAUGGGACCCAGCUGUUGAAACAUGUAAUUAUGAAGAGUCAGUUUACCCACCACGGGACUGCAGCGGAACCCAAUCGCAAAGUGAAAAUCAACCACCAGCAACUGAAGGAACAACUACAACACAACAGGAAACAAGUAGUUCCCAAGGAAGUACAACUCAAUCUUCAUCUACAACCCAAUCGACAACACAGUCGACAACUACUGAACCUACAACUCAGCAAUCAACGACUUCCGAACAAACAACAACUCAACAAUCGACUAGUUCGGCACAAACGACAUCAGAACCGGCAACUACACAAUCCUCUACUACAUCAGAGUCAACUACUCAAUCUUCUACAACUUCAGAACAAACGACUCAAUCAUCUACUACAUCAGAACAAACGACUCAAUCUUCUACUACAUCAGAAUCAACAACUCAAUCUUCUACAACAUCAGAACAAACAACUCAAUCCUCUACUACAUCAGAACCAACAACAACGGAACAAUCAACAACAACAGACCAAACAACUACAGAGCAAUCGACAACUUCUGAACCAACUACUGAACAAUCAACUACGUCUGAACAGACAACACAGGAAUCAACCACGACUGAACAAAGUACUACAGAACAAUCUACCACCGAGCAAUCUACAACUGAAUCGUCAACUACUGAAUCAUCAACUACUGAAUCGUCCACUACUGAAUCGUCAACUACAGAAUCCACUACAACAGAACAAAGCACAACCCAACAAUCAACUACCACUGAACAGAGUACGACCGAGGAGUCGACAAGCAGUGAAGGUACGACUACCGAACAGUCGACUACAGAACAGACCACUACAGAACAAACUACUGAAAGUUCCACAACGGAGAGUGGCACAGAAAAUACAUCUGAGAGCAAAUGCCCCGAAACAAACGACGAUCAAUCACUAUUUGUAUGUCCCACGUCAUUUAGAAGACAUCCCAAGUAUUGCAAUCUCUUCUACCAAUGUGACGAGAACAAUGAUACGCACGAUGUGAAAAUUGCAGUAUUUACUUGUCCUAAUAACACUAUUUACGACGAGAAUCAAACACGCUGCGUCGAAGAAAGCAAAGCUGAUAAAAAGUGCGAUGGUCAAAUUGCACAAAAAAGGAGGUUUAAAAGAUUGGAUAAACACUACAAAGAACCACUUGUGGCGUCAAAAGAAAGUUACAAAUGUUCAAGCGCCGGAUACUUUUCAUUUGAAAAGGACAGCGAAUGUUCACCGGCUUUCCUGAAAUGUAAAACAGAUAAAACUAACAAGAUAAGAGGUUUUGUGUACCAGUGUCCAAAUGGCUACGUUUACUGGUCAAUAAGUAAGCGAUGUGAACCGAUCAACCGAGUAAGAGAUUGCAAACGUUCUAACAACGACUGGUCUGAAAGGUGGGAGAUACCCGUGGAAAGAAGAAAUGUAGCGCCGUCCAGUGCGUGAAUUAGGUUCUAUCAUAAUAUAAGCAGUGGCAUUUUUUGUGAUACAACAUAAUGUACAUUUCGUGCAAUAUGGUUAAUAGGAAUUUAAAAUUUAGGGAAAUAAGCUUUACAGUAGGUAUUUGAACAUAUUAUGAGCAUAGUAUUCAUAUUUAAUGAGUACAACGGUUAUUCCGCCUUAUAGCGAAGCAGUUUUUUGUUCCAAUAAAAGUUCAUUUCAUAGAACUCAUCAUGACAGCUCGGCCUAUCUUCUAUUUUUACAAGAGAUGUUAUAUUUAUUUUCUACUUUGAUAGCCUGAUUAAAUUAGGAUUUCUUAACGAAAUAUAAUUAUUAACUAAGUAUAUAUGUUUUACGAAAUAUCUAGUCUAUUGAAUAUUUUCUCGACAUACAAUACUUGCUGCCAUAAUAUUAAGGGGAAUCAAAACUUGUGAACAAAAUAUUGUGAAUUGUCAAUAAAAACAAUAUUUUGAUCACGACUUCAUUAGAAUGUAAGCCAUGUAAUAAAUAACCAAUGGAAUAAAUUAUUA